AUGGACCUCGAGGCCAACACGGAGUAUGAGAUCACCUGGGGUCCACCGGAGGACGUUACCGUGACAGCAGUCUCAGGCAGCAACUAUGGCACUGCCAUCGUCACCUGGCAGCCACCAGCCAAGACUAAUGGUUUAAUUACAGGGUACCUGGUGUACUACACAGCGACAGAGGAUGCAGAGACGCAAGACUGGGUGAUGGAGGGGGUUGGGGGGGAUCGUCUGUCCGUCGUCAUCAAGGACCUGACCCCCGACACACGAUACUACAUCAAGGUGCAGGCACGAAACAGGAAGGGAUUUGGUCAGAUGUCAAAGGUCGUCAAGUACACUGUCUCUGAAACAGGAUGCACAGAACCAGGAUGUUCCCGUCCCACAAACCCUUGCAGGAAUAGUCCUUGUCCUCGGGGUACCACCUGUGUCACCAUGGAGACUGAUGAUGCCAGGUAUAUUUGUGUGUGCAGCGAUGGGAAGAUGCGCGCAGACUGCACUAUGGAAGAUGGCCUGUUGUAGUAACCACCAGUCUAAUACAGGUCAGACUGUAUAGAUAAUGUGUUCAAAUUUGUGAAGCUGAAGGUUUUAUGUUGGCAUUUCAAGUAAAUGUUCUUGCAUGAAAUCGCAAGUAUCAGGGGACAUAACUCUAGUGAACUUAAACUCUACUAUUAGUUUGCUUGGUCAAUAAUAUUUGUUAUGUUUUUCAGAUAUCUUGAUGAACAAAUAUUUCAAAUUGAGGUUGUGUAAACAUUCCUACUAAGUCUUAGCCUGUCUGAAUAAUGAAAUGUUGGUAAUGUUCAAACAUGCCAGCACAAAGCUCUCAAUGAAUUGUAUAUUAAAUAAAUCAGUUUGUAAAAAUGUUAGAUGUGACCAUUUAUAGAAUAAAUAUGCACAGAAUAUUUCUUAAAUGGCAACCAAACAAGUAAAACAUCUCUGUUGCGAAAGAAUAUUGUUAUUCAAAUCACUUUACCAAAAGAAAUUUUGUGCAGACUGAAAUAUUUUUUUCACAAUUUUUAAAAUAGU